AUGCCACUAGCCAACCCGACCGAGACGGCAGGAGGCCAGGGAGCCACAGGUCCAAGAGGCGAGAAGUCGGUCAUCUUCAACAGCACCUGCAUCCAUGUAGCUGAUCCUGCCUCUAUUGUUCGUCGUAGGAUAAUCCGCGCCGACCUCUCGCAUUUCAUCGUCACGACGCUCACUUUGUUAGCUCCUAGUGAAUCGGUGAAGGGAACGGGGUUGACAUACAACGAAGGCACGAAGUUGGAGUAG